AUGACUAAGGUACAAGUGUCACCACCUGACCCUGUCAAUCAAGUGAGUGAAUUAGAGUUGCCAGUAGCUGAAGCUGCAGCUCCGACGCAUCAAAACAUGCCUCAGUUGGCUGUGGCUGUGGAAGUGUCAGAAACUAAACUGAAACCAUCAGAGGCUGCAAUGAAAGGAUCAUUUGUUGAAGAUGUGUCUUCAGUGGCUGAAAUGGAAGUAUCAGUGUCCGAUGUAAAAUUGUCAAUGGCUGAAACUGAGAACCCAGAGAGUGAACAAAAAAUGCCAGUCGAAAUACCAGUGAUAGGAAUGGAAAUACCUAUGGUUGAAACUGAAGCUACUAUGCCUAGAGUGGAAGUUCCUUUAGUUAAAGGGGAAGUUCCAUUAGCUGGACCUAUGUCACUUACAGAUGAAUUUGAAGCACUUGCUGAAAUUGAAACAGAAGUGCCGUUAGUUAAAGCUGGAUCUGCAGUUACUGGAGUAAAAGUGCCAGUAGUUCAAGCAGCUGAAUUUGAAGUACCUCUUGCAGUUGAGGCAGAAGUACCAUUGGCUGUAGCUGGAUCUGCAGUGGCUAGAGUGAAAGAACCUGUGGUCAAAGCUGAAAUUCCACCAAGUAAAGUGGAAACGCCAAGAGCUGAAUUUGAUGUCCCAGAGGCUGGAAGGAAAGUACCGUCUGCUGUUCUAACUUCUAGGCAUAAAGUGGUAGUUCCUAAAACUGAAGCGGAAAUUCCGUUGACUGAAUCUCCAAUGGUUGCAUUUGAAGUACCACUGCUUGAUGCUGUGGAUUCAGUGAUGGAAAUAGAAACUCCUUUUGCUAAAGAGGAAGGUCUUGUCACUGAAGCUCAAGCUAUAAAUCCUUUAGUUGAGGUUAAGAUGCCAACCGACAAUGUGCAAGUGCCACCGAGAGAAUUCGAAGUAUCGAUGAGUAAUGUGCAAUUACCUGUAACUGAAUUUGGGGUAUCACUGUCUGGAGUUCAAGGGACUAUGUUCGAAUUCGAUGUGCCCGCCGCUGGAACUGUGUCUCCAGUGGAUGAGAUGGAAGUGCCAGCAACUGAAGUAGAAGUACCAAUGACUGAAAGCAUAUUUUUUUCAACUGAGGCAGAAAAGCCAAUGAUUCAAACGAUGUCUUCCGUUGCUGAAGUAGAAACAUCAAAGACUGAAACUGAAAUGGAAGUGAAUAUGUCUGAAAUCAUACCUUCUGUAACUGAAAUAGAAGAGACAGUACCUGACACAACUGAAAGUAUGUCUUCUUUAGCUGAAUUAGAGCCACCUGUAACUGGAGUGGAAAUGUCGGUGACUCAAAGUACGAGUAUGUCUUCUGUGGCUGAAGUACAAGCACCAGUGACUGAAGCAGAAACAACAGGGAAUGAAGCAGAGACGCCAGUGACUGGAGCAAAAGAGCAUGUGACUGAAAUUAUGCCUUCUGUUUCUGAAGUAGAAGAGCCAGUGACUGAAGCUGAAGCACUAGCAACAGAAACUAUGUCUUCUGUGGCUGAAGUAGAAGCUCCAAUUACUAGAGUGGAGGUCUCAGUGACUCAAACUAUGUCAUCUGUGACUGAAGCAGAAGCACCAGUUACUGAAGGAGAAGCUCACAUGACCGAAACAGAAGUGCCAGUGACUAAAGAAGAAGCUCAUGUGACUGAAACAGAAGCGCCAGUGAUUGAAGGAGAGAUUCAUGUGACCGAAAUAGAAGCGCCAGUGACGGAACUAGAAGCACAAUUUGCUGAAACUAUGUCUUCAGCGGCUGAAAUAGAAGCACCGGUAACUCACACUAUGUCUUCCAUGGUUGAAGUAGAAGUACCGGUAACUCACACUACGUCUUUUGUGACCGAAGUAGAGGCGCCACUAACUGAGGUAGAAGAACCAAUGAUAGAAAUGGGAGUGCCAGUGACUGAAACUUUGUCAACAUUGGAUCAAGUGCAAGUAUCCCAAGUGACUGUGCCAAUAGCUGAACCUAUGUCUCCAACGGUUGAAAUUAAACAUUCUCUUGCAGAAAUCGAAACUAUAACUCUUAAGCCUAAGGUAAACAUUCCUCUGGUUGAGGUAGAAACUCCGUUAACUGGAUCUUUAUCCUCAGCGACUGAAUUUGGAACACCAGUGUCUAAAGAGGAAGUACCGGUGUUCGAUGCUGGAUUUGCAGUGGCUCAAGUACCAGUGCCAAAGGUUGAUGUAAAGGUACCAGUGGCUGGAGGGGAAGCACAAGUGGCUAAAGUAAAAGUACCAGUGGUUGAUGUGGAAGUACCUUUGGUCAAAGCCGGUUCGGCAGUGGCUGAAGUAGCAUUGCCAAAGGUCGUUGUGGAAGUACCGUUGGCUGGAGUGGAAGAGCCAGUGCAUGAAGUGGAAGUACCAGUGGUCGAAGCUGUGUCUGCGGUGGCUGAAGUAGGAGUGCCAAAGAUUGAUGUUGAAGUACCAGUGGUUGGAACGGAUGUCCCAGUGUUUGAAGCAAAAGUGGCCAUGGCCGAAGUAGAAGAAACAGUGCCUGAAGUAAGAGCACCAUUGGCUGAAGGAGAAGUAGUACCAUUGGAUGAAGUAAGAAUACCAAUAGCUGAAGUGGAAGGAUCAGUGGAUACAGGUGUGGUUCCAGUUAGUAAAGUAGAGACUCCGGUAAAUAAAGUGGAGACUCCAGUGUUCAAGAACGUACCUUUUGUAGCAAUCUCUAGAAACCCAAAAGAUGCAAUAGUGACUCCAAUAGACGGCAAUGUAGUCCUGACGGCAGAAACGGUUGUUUCUGUCAUUGACCAUACAUCAGCGUCACCGAGUGAAAGGGAAGCAGCAUCUGUCAUCCAAGAGUCUCCAGCCCCAAUUUGGGUACCAGAAGUUAGACCAGAGGAAGAAUUGCCAAUCCCUCAGAUACUUCCAGAACUUCCUGACGCCCAUGAUCCCAAGGAGACGGUCGGUGAUGAAGGAACACAGGGAAUAACAAAUAUACCUCCUACUCCUCAUCAGAUUGAUAUGCACAUUACCGCUGCUAAGGGAGUUGCAUUUGGAAAAUCAGGACUAACUGUACCGGAAAUUCCCAAGCUAGUUGAGGAAGAGGAGGCUUCUUCACUGCUAAACAUCUGGCGCCAUGCACUUCUGCUACAGAAUCGAAACCCGACGGCUCCCCGACCUCGUGCUCAAGUUGUACCGCGAACAAUACUCUCUCCGCCCCCAUUCCUGGUGUAUAACCUAGCUCCGCAGGACGGCCCUCACCCUUUGUAUAGCGAUACCCCAGAGAACACAGCCCUCCGUGCUGAGUUCCUGCUGGACUACCUUGUGCAGGAUCCGAUCAGCGCCUCCGACAAGAGAAUAGCUCAUCCCGAAGGUUUCACUGUUCCUAAUUUGGCGAAGAAGAACCUCGUUUUUAAGGCUGACGAUGCAGGAGGACUCACAAUAAAUGGAGUAGAGGUGAUGUCGGUCAAGACGCUUGCAGAUGGUACGGAAGUGUUCUUUCUAGCGAACUUACUCUUCGAGCAAAUGGCGAAAGUAGACGCUGCGCUGCGGAAACUGAACAGCCAACCGAGACGUUUUGGUCCUCUCGGGCACCCGCUAGAAGGGUCGGUGCCAGUAACUGCCGAAGUCCUGCCCAUCACUUCUAGAAGACUGCAGCCGGUGCCUCCCAUUCCUGGGCUGGUAGCGGAAAGUGAGGCCAGUACACUGCUUGACCUUUGGCGUCACGCCCUCUGGACUCAACGAGGCUCUGUCACACACCGGAGUGACCUGCCUGCUCCCAAGACGGUACUCUCUCCUAGUUACCUAAGCGUGUCGAACCUGGCGCCACAGGAUGCCCCGCACCCUCUCUACCACGACGCCCCCGAGAACGAAGCACUCCGCGACGAAUUCCUACUAGAUUACCUUGUGCAAGGCCCUGUCACCGCCACCGACAUCCGCAGGGCAGGUAGCCUCACCGCCACCAACCUUGCGGGACACAGGCUUACCUUUGCCGUCAAUGAUGCAGGUAUCUUCACCAUUAACGGCGUGCCUGUAGAAGGAAUGAUGGCCCUACCUGACGGGACUCAAGUCUACGCCCUUGCCGGCCUGCUCUUUGACCACGCGGCGCGGGUGGAUCAAGCCCUCCAGUCACUACUCCGAGCCACUGAUUUCCUCCCCAUUCCGAUAACCGCUAAUCCAAGACUUCCUCCACCGAUCUUUCCACACUAUAACCCUACCUUCCAGCACCUUCACUCCUCUCUUAGGACACGCAUUAGGGCGCCUCGGAGAGGAUAGAAGACAAUCUCUGCCCUCAACACUCACAACACUUCCCCAUGAGAUGCUGAAAGGACCGCCGCCAUCACCACCGCCAACGUUCUUCUAGUCAUGUGAUUCCGCUGAGAGGUGAAGCUGCGGAUGGCCACCAAAGCAGGAUAUGAUAAUUAUAGGGAAAAUUCGUUACUUCACUACACUCUUCCUGUUUCCUAUACAAAACCCUCCAUUCUCGCCUUUGCCGACAUCAGUAUUGCCAAUCCCAAGGCCGUGUACCUGUAUCCCGUGUUCCUAUCUUUGUAUGAACGUGUGUCCAGAGCAUUUUCUAGAUUCACUCCAGUAUAGGGGCUUAGCAAUGCAGGACUUGUCAAAGGCGGAGAUGGAGGCACCAGCACCACCACCACAUUUUCUUAAAGGUUGUGAACGUUUGGCCGCAAUAUUCUGAAGCAUUUCAUGACAACUUAAACCACUUCAACCGAGAAACUACUGAACCAUUUUCUCUUAUCUCUCCCUGAUGUACAUAAAAGCCACAACUGUCUAUUACUGCGCACACCAAUGAAGGGGCUGCUAUAGGUAUGGGUGCUCGAUUCACUAUAAGAAUGUAUACGUCAACAUACACGAUGAGAAUGCUCGACGCCCUGGAUGGAAGAUAGUGUGGGGUCUCGCUUGCUUGAACUGGUGUUGGUGUUUGUGGAGCGCGCCGCUGUGACACUGUCUCACUGACGCUUGUGUGGACAUAUUUUGCUCCUGAUACAUGAUGUGAAUGAAACUGUGUGUGUUUGUGGAUGGAUGGAUGAUUAUAUGAAUGUAUAAAGGAGCACCGAGCUGUGACUGAAUAAUCAAAUAAAAUGAUUAGUUAAU